AUGGGAAAAUUGAUGAUAUCAGCAAUGGUUCAGAAUUUUAGUGACAGCAACAGCGAGCAGGCACGCACAGGUGAAGUGGCUGAGUUGAAAAAUGGUGAGGUAGAGAUAGGCAGACACCAGAGGGUAGCAGGAUUGAAAGAAUGGAACGGAAAGAGCGAGCAUACAACAACGAUUCAGUACUAUUCACUCACUAACUGCCGAUUUCGAUGGAUUGGUAGACGUCGCAUGGCAAGGUCGGCAAUGAGUUGA